CCGCGCGCCCGACGCGGCUCGAGGGGCGGCCAAUGGGCGCGGGGGACGCCCGCCGGCUCGGGGACCCGGCUCAGCCCGAGGGCUCGAGGGCCGCCGCGCCGCAGCUCUCCGCGCUGGCACUGCAGUUCCUGGGCAGCCAGGCGCCGUGGCCAUGGCGUCUUCAGCGGCCGGCGUGGUGGCCAUCGUUGGCAGUGGACUCAUUGGGCAAAGCUGGGGUAUGCUUUUUGCCAGUGGAGGCUUCAAAGUGAAACUCUAUGAUAUCGAGCAACAGCAGGUCACAAAAGCCCUGGAAAACAUCAGAAAAGAGAUGAAGUUGCUGGAGCAGGCAGGUUCUCUGAAAGGCUCUCUGAGUGCUGAAGAGCAGCUGUCACUCAUCCGCGGUUGUGCAAGUGUUGAAGAAGCAGUAGAGGGCGCCAUGCACAUUCAGGAAUGUGUUCCAGAAAACCUGGAGCUGAAGAGGAAGAUCUUCGCUCAGUUGGACCGAGCCGUCGACGACACGAUUGUCUUGAGCAGCUCCACCUCGUGCCUCCUGCCCUCCCAGCUGUUUGCCGGUUUGGCACAUGUGAAGCAGUGCAUUGUGGCCCAUCCUGUAAAUCCACCAUAUUAUGUCCCGUUGGUUGAGCUGGUCCCACACCCGGAGACGUCCCCUGCCACAGUGGACAGAACCCAUGCCCUGAUGCAGAAGAUCGGACAGUCCCCGAUCAGGGUCCUGAAGGAGAUCGACGGCUUCGCUCUGAAUCGCCUCCAGUUCGCGAUCAUCAGCGAGGCCUGGAGGCUCGUGCAGGAAGGAAUAGUGUCUCCGAGCGACCUUGACCUUGUCAUGUCAGAUGGCCUGGGCAUGCGGUAUGCAUUCAUCGGACCCCUGGAAACGAUGCAUCUCAAUGCCGAAGGUAUGUUAAGCUACUGUGACAGAUACAGAGAAAGCAUAAAACGUGUCCUCAAGAGUUUUGGACCUGUUCCAGAGUUUUCCGGGCCCACUGUUGAAAAAGUUAACCAGGCCAUGUGUGUGAAAAUUCCAGAUGAUCCGGAGCACUUAGCUGCCCGAAGGAAGUGGAGGGAUGAAUGCCUUAUGAGUCUUGCCAGAUUGAAAAGGCAGAUGCAGUCCCAGUAGUUUCUUGUAAUGCUCCUGUCAGUCCUCUCAUUGGGAGUCCUAUUUGGUGGAAUUAUAAGCAGUUAAUCAAAUCGCUCUGUGACAAUGGGAAGCCACAGGGGUGCUUGGCAUGCAGAUCCUGAGCCUGCUCUCCUGGCUGGGUAGGUGUCCAGCGGUGGCGGCUGAGUGGCUUACAGUUCCUUCUGAUCUGCCCCCAGCUGGGUGUCCAGCAGCACUUGCUGCCUGCCCCCGGACAAGCAAGAGAGCAAAUCGUCUGAGGAGUUUCACUUUUUAUUUUUAAUGUGAUUAAACAUGGCUAUAUUUAUAGCCAAUGAUUGUAGUUUCGGGUUAUUUUAAUCUGUAGCAAAAUAUUUGUAUAAUUGUUUUCCAAUCCCUUUCUGAAGACUCUAUGGCGCUGCAUUUAUGAGGCAGCUGCUUUCAUUUUGCUAAUGCUUAUUCUGAAUAGAAGGUUUUGAUUCCAUGAAGACGUGCUUUUUCCUCUGAUCUUUCUGAGAAAGCCUGUUUGAUCCUGAUGAUCGACAUAUUUUAGAGUGACCACAAUGAACGAGAAAUAAACAGAUACUUUGUUCUGA